ACUAGCUUUUUACAUUAUCAAGAAUGGCUGCUGAAGAGAGUAGUAACGUUAAUUUAACUUCAAAUGAUAAUAAUUCUGGCAGUAAUGGACCAUUAGAAUUGUAUUAUUGGUAUACAUCAUUUUACAGCCGAAAGGUUUUGUUUGCUCUUCAUGAAAAACGCUUACACUUCAAGUCAAAUAUCGUUAACUUGAGUAAAGGUGAACAAUAUCAACCAUGGUAUUUGAAGUUAAAUCCACGAGGAGAGGUACCUGUGUUAAAGGAUGGAGUGAAAGUAAUCCCUGACUCGGAACGAAUUAUUGAUUAUCUCGAGGACAACUUUAGUAAUGGAAGCACUCCACGACUGAUGCCAGAAAAAGGAACGGAAGAAACGCAGCAUGUGAAACAGAUGAGAGAACUUCUGGAUGCUGUUCCUGUUCCUUUGAUAACCUUCGGAUGCUUGUAUCAUCAUAAGUUGACAACUAACAUGAAAAUUUCAUCGUUUGAAAGAAAACAACGUUUAAGCUUCAUGUCUACUGUAUCAAUUAAUUUGGACCUAAUGAUGGAAAAAUACCCAGAAUUUAAAGAGUUGUAUCAGGAAAAGAAACAACGUUUUGAGACAUUCAGAUCUGAUACCCAACAUGAGGAUAAAGUAAAGGCAGUUCUAGAUAAUUUGGAAGGAACGUUAGACACUGUAGAACAAGAACUUGCUUCUCACGAAGGAGAUAAAUCUUCUUGGUGGCUGUGUAGUCAGAAGUUUGCUAUUCCGGACAUUACCCUGGCAUUAAUUCUUCACCGAUUACACGAACUGGGACUUUCUGCCCGUUAUCUGACUGUGGAUAAGCGACCCCACCUGGUGCAGUAUUUUAAACGAGUUCAAGAGAGGGAGGGGUACAAGAAGACACUUGGUCACGGAGCUGGUUUUUUACAUAAAAUAUGUUGCAGUAAGAAAAAAGGUGUGGCUGCAAUAGGUGUAGCUGCAACUGUAAUUAGUGUUAUAGCUCUUGGAGCUGUAGUAUAUAAACGGAUGAAGUAAGAGUUUAAAGGGUUGAGGGCAGGUCAAUAAAAAAACCUUUUCCAACUCCAUAAAUGAUUGUGCAUGAAUAGAUAGCUUUUAGAUUGUACAGCUACGCAACAAAUGUAAUUUCUAGAAAUUUUCUCUAUUUCAACUUAAGCCUAACUGUUCAGAAGUAAUGGAUGCACUAUGGACUGUGUUUAUAAUUUGAUAUAUGAGAUGCUGAUAAAAAAGAAAGUAUUAAGGUUACAAUAAGAAUAUUUAAUUUUUGUUAAAACUUCUGUUGUUAAUAUGGCCACAACUUUUCUCCUAGCCAAGCAACUUGUUUACUGUCAGUAUUUUGAUUUAACUUUUCUUAGGAUUAAUAAAAAAAAACGUGUCAUUUGUGUCUCAUUAAAAGAUAUAUAAACUUAAUGCUUUUUUUAGAUAAUAUGGUUUAGAAAUAACUCAUAAUAUAAAGGUUUCUGUAAUAAAUGUUAUGUUGAUUUUCAGACAAGCAAUUAAAAAUAAAGAACAUUUUUAUUUUUUUGGUUGUGGAACAGAACUUAUGAGAAAUGUAUUUAGAUAUGUAUCCGUUUCUCUGGCAUUUUCAUUAGCAUAAUUAAUAAUAAGGGGUUCUUAACAUUCCAAAUGCACAAAAACAGAAAGAAAAAAAUGCGCAUAACGUAUUCUGUUUGAUAUGCUGUAGAAAGCCUCUGCAAGAUGUCUUAAAAAUUGUGGCAUUUUUUUUAAGAUAGCUGUUGUUAAUCAAUGAAUUAUUUGCAUAUUUCCUUCUAAAUUCUUUUGGCAUUCAAGAUAUUUUUAUUUUCAAGUCAUGAAUUAUGUCGUUAAAUUUUAGGACAGAACAAUUAAACUUUAUUGAAACCAUAAACUAAUUCAUGUUAAUGUUUUUUUAGCACCAUCAACCAUUGCAUUGUUAUUCAAAAAUGGGUAAUAAAAAGUCUACAUAAUGAA